AUGGCACAGAAUCUCUCCUCCAAUGUCUUUACCAUCCCGAGCAAUGGAAGGGAAAUGUUCUACCUGUCCGCGGGACCAUCAGAUGGACCGCUGAUGGUUUUGCUACACGGCUGGCCAGGUAUCGCUCUCACCUGGCAACGUCAGAUACAAGCGUUUUCAGAACUAGGGUUUUUUGUCGUCGCACCAGAUAUGCCAGGCUAUGGUCAAACGUGGACCUCGAACAAUUCUAGCGAUUUUGCUCUGGAGAAGCUCGUGCCGCAGUGUCUCGAGCUUCUGCAACAUCUGGGAAGAAAAGAGGCCAUCUGGUUUGGCCAUGACUGGGGAUGUGGUCCGCUCUGGGCUAUUGCGAGCCAUCACCCUGAGGUGUGCACUGCUAUCAUUGGGAUGUCGGUACCCUAUCGCACUCUUGAGCUCGGGCUGAACACCUUGGUUUCCACCGUGGAUCGUGAUUUGUACCCCAAAGAUGUCUAUCCAGCCGGCCAAUGGGAUUAUCAGGUGUUCUACGAACAGGAUGCUGAAACAAGAUCUGGUGACAAACAAUUCGAGACCCAGCCGUCCACUUAUAUCAAAUUAUUUUUCUCUAAGGGCAAUGCUCAAACUGGUCAGGAAAUUGCACGAACGUCCAACGUCACGAAAGAUCACGGGUGGUUUGGUGGACCCAAUGCUACCAUACCCCAGCUGCCUCUAAACUACACCGUGUUGGACGAGAACUUAUUUCAGGAGCUGACUUCCGCGUUGACAAAGACUGGAUUCUUUGGUGCAUCGUCGUGGUACCUAAACCACGCUGCGAAUGAAAAGUAUACCCGGGAAAAAAGUGUCAAUGGAGGCAAACUCAAGAUGCCUGUCUUGUUCAUACAUACCGAAUAUGACGCUGUCUGCCAGACUGUGUACAAUCCGAAGCUGACCGAAGAGAUGCGGGCCACGACUGAGAAUCUCAGCGAGUUCACCAUUCAAGCGGGCCACUGGGGGUUGCUGGAGCGCCCUGAAGAAACCAAUGCUGGUGUUGCGGAAUGGAUACUGAGAGAGGUCCCGGGUGCUUGGCCUGGACCAGAGCUGAAAUCCCAACAACCAAAACUAUAA